AUGGAGGCUUAUCUUCACAUGGACCAGCUCCAUGGCUAUUUUGAUCCAGAGAAAAGGAGAAGGAAGGGGAAAGUAAAUGAUGAGGAACACCGUGAAAAUGUGGUGGCCGCAGCAGCAGCAGCCCGGCCUCAGCCCUUGGCCGCCGAGCGAGGAGAAGGGAUGCCCAGACACCGGAGGAACAGGAUGCUCGCUCUGAGACGCACGCAACAGGUCGAGGAAGCCGUGGAAGACGAAAACGAUGGAGCCGAACCAGCUGAGUUCCAAGUUUCCGGAAAGAUUGGAGCAAAGAAACAACGGAAGUUAGAGGACAAGCAAGCAAGGAAAACUCAGAGAGAGGCGGAAGAAGCCGAACGGGAAGAAAGAAAGAAGCUGGAACAAAAACGGGAAGAAGAACGCCACUUAGAAGAGGAACGGCUGCGCCAGGAGGAGGAAAGGAAGGAAGAAGAGCUGAAGAAGGCCAAGGAGGAGGAGGAGCAGCGGGAAUACGAGGAGUAUCUGAAGCUGAAGGAGAGCUUUGUGGUGGAAGAAGAAGGGCUGGACGAAGCGAUGACUGAGGACCAGACACGUAGUUUCCUGACCGAACUUCUCACUUACAUUAAGGAUGCCAAAGUGGUCCUUUUGGAAGACCUGGCUUCUCACCUGGGCCUCAGGACUCAGGAUGCGAUCAACCGAGUGCAAGACCUGAUGGCAGAUGGCACGCUCACAGGGGUGAUCGACGACCGAGGCAAAUUCAUCUACAUCACACCCGAAGAGAUGACGGCCGUGGCGGAGUUUAUUCGGCGCCGGGGACGCAUCUCCAUCACGGAGCUGGCUCAAGAAAGCAACUCCCUCGUCAAUCUGCAAACGGAGGCCGGUUUGCUUAGCAAAGGAGUGGCUUGAAAAGGGCCUCUAUUC